AUGAUAACAUUGACAGGAUUUACAUAUGGAUUUUUCAUUGGAUUUUUAAUAUCAUAUUUGGCGGCAUUAUUUGGAGCUGUAACAGUGUUUUGGCUCAGUAGAAAAUGGUUCGGAAAAUCUGUCAGAAGAUUAUUAAAGAAAUAUAAAUCAAUGGGAGCUGUUGUUAAAGCUGUCGAGAAAAAAGGAUUUAAGUUGUUAUUUCUUAUACGUAUUGCACCAUAUCCAUAUAAUGUUUUGAAUGCAUUAUUAUCAGCAACACACAUAUCAAUGAAAACAUUUACAAGCGCAACAGCACUUUCACUUUUCAAAUUAAUGAUUCAUACAUGGAUUGGCAGCAACAUUUCUUCAUUUUCUGCUCAUAUGGGAUAUUUAACUACCAGCAAAGGAGAAAAUGCUCCGACACAAUUCUAUCUGAGAAAAAUGGAUGAACGUAUGGGAUAUAAUCGAACAAUCACAGAUGAGGUUCUGAUUAUCUUAUUCCGAGGUCUGUUAGAACUGACGUUAAAAUCGAAUUUAUAA